CUCGUGGAAAACCCACCAAACGUCACAAUGAUCAGGCUCCUUGCUCUGUCUUGCUUGCUGACGCUGGUGGCUGCUGGCCCCAGGUUUAUGAAGACCAGGGCUGAGAUUGAGGAGUAUAAGACGCUCCUGGAGAAGACUAGAGAAGACGAUGGCCUUACUCUCGAGGAGCGCAUGGAAGCGCACCCUCAAUCGAAUGCCUGGGAGAACAGUGGCAAGUUCCAGGGUGACAUCUACCUGGAUGACGACAUCAUUGAGGACCUGGUGGACAGCUAUGCCACAGGAGAUGAGGAGGGCCGCAUGGCGUUCACCAGACCCAACAGCCGUUGGCCGAGCAACACCGUCGUGUAUGAGUUUGGACACAACGAGUUAGUGAGUGCAAUCAAUUUGUAUAUUCAAACUUUUAAUUAUAAUACGGGAGUAUUCCCUCCCCUCGUUCCCACCGCUGCAACUCCUGUGUAG